AUGGUUCAAGGCUUCCGACACAAGCUCUCUGAUGUGAUCUAUUUGCCACGGUUCUUCAAGGUCCCUGUGCCACCACAUGCAGUUCUAGUGGACGGCACAGCGAGUGCUGAAAUUGCAGCCACCAACACAACUGAAGCGGCAGCCAUCGAGCAGGCUGCCCCUCCAUCUACCUUUGCUGUGCACGAUUUCGCCAUGUUCAGCGUGGGCGAGAACGUGACUUACCCUGGUGAUGAGCGUGGCCAAGUGGUUGGUAUCGAUGAAGAUGGCGAUUUGCAGGUCGUCACUGAUUCCGGCCGAAAAACGACAUGGUAUGGGUCCAAAUGCUCCAAAGCACUGAGCAAGAGCAACAGAGUGAGGUACACCAGCGGUGAAGUGGCGGAACUUAAGGAUUUCGACUCGAAGGGUGAUCUGCUCGUGCAAACGCAAGAUGGUAAGGUGGCACGCUGGUCCCGCGAAAACUCAGAAAGGAUUUUGAGUGUUGGCGAUCGGGUUCAGCACACGGGUGGCGAGGCGGCCCGUGUUGUCGGAUUUAGUCGUAAUGGCGACGUGAUUGUCCUCAAGCAGGAUAAUGGCAGAGCAACCUGGCUGGCGGGCGAGUGCACAUGA